AUGCCCCGCUCGGACAGAUACCUGCCACCUGAACAGUCGGCAUACCACACAACAUCGAGCCGGUUGGGUGUAGGAUCGACUAUGUUUAGUCUGCCUCAAACACCGUUCUUAGUCCCAACCAUAUCUACGACACCAGACGUCAACAAGUCGUUGCCACCACCUCCACCCGACACAGAGAGGACGACCCGGAAACAAGCUACCGUGAGAUCUUUUCUACGAGGUCGAUCUUCAAACAACCAUCUCGAUCUAUCGCACCUACAGCCGGACUCACACCUACAUCCUCAGCGCCACUUGUCUGCAGGAGCCCAUUUGAACGUGAAUGUACACAGCUAUUGCCAACAGCAGUAUUCUCGCAGCAUGCCAAAUUCGCCGUACGGGCAGAGUCACGAUGCUGCGCCUUUUCAUCCACCACCUCUUGCUCGUGUACAGUCAGCAAGCCCGGCUUUCCAAGAUGACACCCGGUAUCAACCUUACUCUACCACGCAUGGAUGUUCAUCGCAAGUAAGCGCGAUUGAAGAGUCUUUUGAAUUUUCAUCGACACCUGCUCGAACAUGUCCCGAUACGAUGGUGAUUAGUCGUACCGCGCUUGGUGGAGGGUCUAGCAGGCCAAGACCACAUACAUGGCUUUCUCCGACAGAACCGUUCGCCGACCCUUCACAAUUCCACCUUUUCGUGGAAGCAACGACUGGUCUUCCAGAAGGUUCAGAUCCCUGGUCCCCGAAUGGACCAGACCGACUACAAAGCUCACUGUUCGCGCGAAGAUCUAGCAGAGGCUCUAUCCCAAUUCCACCACAGUACGUACCGGCGCCUAUACCUGAUCGAACACAUCAAACAGCAAGCUGGCAGAGCUUCGAACCACCCCUCACACCCUCACGAUCGGUAUCUGCGCCUGUGUCGAGUGUACUUCCUCCAGACGCAUUCUCACCAUAUAACACCGAUCUUCCGUCGCACAUGAAUGCUAUAAAUGCCGAAUUAGAAAUGUUGGGUCUCGACCGUGACCAUUCACAAGACGAUGACGAACUCCCAGACUACGCACAAAGUCAAGCCGAGAUGAACUCUAAGAAGCGUGCAGAAGCAGCAGCAAGAGCAAGAGACCUGGAGGCCAGAUGGCGUGGUGCUAGAGGCAGAGGUAAUUGA